CAAAACUACCACACCUAGAUUAGAUUUGCACGGCAUCACAUGUAGUGCACGCGACUCGCAUCGCAAAAAAAUUUGGGAGACCACCCACAAAUCGCUCGUCGGCGAGCGAAUCCAAACCAAAUCCUUGUUCUAGUCUUGUAUCACCCGCAUCUGCGCGUCCCUCUGCGGCGGCGGCGGCGGCGACGGCGGCGAUGGGGCUGGAGAUGGAGGGGAUGGCGGCGGCGAUCGGCGUGUCGGUGCCCGUGCUCCGCUUCCUGCUCUGCUUCGCGGCCACCAUCCCGACGGGCCUCAUGUGGCGGGCGGUGCCCGGCGCCGCGGGGCGGCACCUCUACGCGGGGCUCACCGGCGCCGCGCUUUCCUACCUCUCGUUCGGGGCCACAUCCAACCUCCUCUUCGUCGUGCCCAUGGCGUUCGGGUACCUCGCCAUGCUCCUCUGCCGCCGGCUCGCGGGGCUCGUCACCUUCCUCGGCGCCUUCGGCUUCCUCAUCGCAUGUCACAUGUACUACAUGAGUGGAGAUGCAUGGAAGGAGGGUGGCAUUGAUGCAACAGGUGCUUUAAUGGUUUUAACAUUGAAAAUCAUUUCAUGUGCAAUAAACUACAGUGACGGUAUGUUGAAGGAAGAGGGUUUGCGUGAUGCCCAGAAAAAGUAUCGUUUGGCUAAACUUCCUUCUUUGAUCGAAUAUUUUGGCUACUGCCUCUGCUGUGGCAGCCAUUUUGCUGGGCCAGUAUAUGAGAUGAAAGAUUAUCUUGAAUAUACUGAACGGAAAGGAUUAUGGGCCAGCCCAACUCCUUCACCACUAUUGCCUACUUUGCGUGCUCUAGUUCAAGCUGGCGCAUGUAUGGGGUUAUAUUUGUAUCUAUCACCUCAAUUUCCACUUUCACGGUUUAGCGAGCCCUUAUAUUAUGAGUGGGGUUUCUGGCACCGGCUCUUCUAUCAGUACAUGUCAGGCUUUACUGCUCGUUGGAAAUACUACUUUAUAUGGUCACUUUCAGAAGCUGCAAUCAUUAUAUCUGGUCUGGGUUUUAGCGGCUGGUCUGAUUCAUCUCCCCCGAAAGCCAAAUGGGAUCGUGCAAAAAAUGUUGAUGUUUUAGGUGUCGAAUUAGCUACAAGUGCAGUUCAGUUGCCGCUUAUGUGGAACAUUCAAGUGAGCACAUGGCUGCGAUACUAUGUUUAUGAGAGGUUAGUUCAGAAAGGAAAGAAACCUGGUUUCCUCCAGUUGCUGGGUACACAGACAGUCAGUGCUGUCUGGCAUGGUCUUUAUCCCGGAUAUAUCAUAUUCUUUGUUCAAUCAGCAUUGAUGAUAAAUGGUUCAAAAGUCAUAUACAGAUGGCAACAAGCAGUCAGCAAUCCAGUCUUCCACGCUAUCCUGGUUUUUGUAAAUUUUUCAUACACCUUGAUGGUCCUUAACUACUCAUGUAUUGGGUUCCAGGUACUGAGCUUCAAGGAAACCCUAGCAUCCUACCAGAGCGUAUAUUAUAUCGGCACAAUUGUUCCCAUUGUAGUUGUCUUGCUGGGUUAUGUUAUCAAGCCAGCCAGGCCAGUGAAGCCAAAGGCUCGGAAGGCAGAAUGAGCAACAAGUUGACCUGGUCAAGUGGUCAUUACAUAUAGGAGCGACGAAGAACAUUUAAUGACGAUAAUGACGAACUAGUGUCCAGCUAUUCUACUGUGGAAUUUCGCAGGAGAAUGUGAUGACUCACCUCUUAAAGUUCUGAACUCCCUUGUGAUUGAUCAAACAUUAAAACGUGGCACUCCCGUUGGAUUUUUCUUCUAUGUUAUGACUACUACUACAACUACAUAGGAUAUCGGCCUUGCGCCUUCGGUUGUUGAGUUCUCUUCUGACCGACUGUCA